AUUUGAAGUAAAUUCUAAAAUAUAUUCUGCUCAUGCUCUGUCGAUCCACGUCCUCACAUAAAUCAAAUAUAUAGAGCAUGUAAUUUGAUUCCAACUUUGAUGAUGCCUGGAAUUGUAAUGGAUAGAAAUACUGGAUCUACCAUUGGUACCACACCACAUGGUCGAUGGAUUGAUCAACAGCAAUAUCUUGUUGAAACGUAUCGUCAGAUUCGUACAAAUUUAGGUCAGUUAGAAGCUGAAAUAGAAGCUGCACGAUUAAGAGUCACUGAUUGGACACGAUUAAGACGACAUCCUAGUCGUAGUCGUAGUUUGAGUCAUGCUAGUGUUUCAACUACUGCAAGCAGUUUAUUAAGUUGUAGUACAUUUGAAAGUGGUGCAACAGAUGCUUCAUUUUUAAAUGUUACAACAGAUGGUACUACUGGUUCAUCAUGUCAUUCAUCAUGUUCAUCAACAUGUGGUAUUCAACUACCUUCAGAAAUGGCAGCUAAAUUAAGUGCAGCAACAUUAAUUUCAGCAUUUCUAGCUGCAAGUCAUGAUUUCACUCAAGAUAAAACUCAAGAUUCAACUAUUUCAGAUAAUUUAGAACAACCUAUUAGAGCUCGUACACCAGAUCAGUGUUCAUCAUCUAAUAGAUCACGUUCCAACAGAUCAAUCUCACCUUCAUCACGAUGAAACGACCAAAUAUACAUGAGGCAAUAUAUAUAAAUAUAUAUAUAUAUACUCAGGGUAUUGGGUAUUCAUAAUAAAUUUGAUGACAUAAAUCUCAAUUCAUUUCAUUGUUGACUUUCACAACAUUCUGGAUCUAAUUAAUAAACGAAAUGCAUUUUUACUAAAUAUUCCAUUUCAUUCAUUGAUACAAAAUAACAGAUUUGUAUUUGCAUUGAUUUACAUACAGUACUUUACAUCUUUUUAUUUACUUUAUAUAUACUCAUAUAUAUAUCUAUGUAACCAUUUAUGGUCAUAAUUAUGUUGUGCGAUUGUUGUUGUUUUCUUAAAUAUGCUGUAGGUCUGUCUUUCAAGCUUAUUAAUAAAUCACUUUAAAGAAGGAAACAACGUAAAUAUCAACUAUGUACUUUUAAUAAAUUGUCAUCCUUUUUUCUUACUUAUUUAUUUACUUACGCCUGUUACUCCUCAUGGAGGAGCAUAGGACGCCCACCAAUCCUUUUUUUUUCUUGAUUUAACAAAUUAUGAUACAUUAUAUGUCUGUGAAAUAUUAAUUAAACAUUGAAUAAUCAUUACAUUUGUGGAGUGUUGGAAUAUUGAAUGUUUUUUUUUUGUUUUUUUGAAAGUGUCCUCUUUUGUUCUUGUUAAGUUCAUCUGUAAAUUCAAUGAUUUUUUUUGUUUGUUCAUCAUUAAGUGGUUCAUUAGCUACUGUCUUUUCUUUUCAAGUGAUCCAAUUCAUUUUAAUAAUACUUUUUUAAAAAGAAAGAA